GUUUCCCAUUAUAACAUCAACUGCUGCUGCACUCAUUGUCCUUUUUUUUCCUCUUCUCUAUAUAUCAAAUAUAUUCUAUUCAGCAAAUAUGUCGUCCAGAAUCCCAAUUAUCGCACAGCCGUUCGUCAGCGAGAAGGCGAAGCAGACCCUUGACAUCGUCAAGAAGUUCGUCGAGGAGAGGUGUAUUCCAGUCGAUGCCGUCUUCCAUGCUCAGAUCCCAGUCGGUGAGACUCGCUGGGACUCAUACCCCAAGAUUAUCGAUGAUCUCAAGGCUGAAGCCCGCGCGCUCGGGCUCUGGAACAUGUUCCUUGCGAAGGGCCACUACAAGGAGUCUCCCGGCUUCACCAACCUCGAGUAUGGUCUGAUGGCUGAGUGGCUCGGCCGCUCGAGAACCGCGUCUGAGGCUUGCAACUGCGCUGCCCCAGAUACCGGUAACAUGGAGGUGCUGGCUAAGUACGGAAACGACGCCCAGAAGAAGGAGUGGUUGGGUCCAUUGAUGGAUGGCAAGAUUCGCUCUGCUUUCCUGAUGACCGAGCCAGCUAUUGCCUCUUCGGAUGCUACCAACAUCGAGAUGAAGAUGGAGAGAGAUGGAGACCACUACGUUCUCAACGGCUCAAAAUGGUGGUCUUCCGGCGCCGGCGACCCUCGCUGCCAGGUAUACAUCGUCAUGGCCAAGUCCGACCCCAACAACAAGGACAAGUACCGCCAACAAUCCGUGAUCCUCGUCCCCGCCUCCGCCAAGGGCAUCACCAUCCACCGCAUGCUCUCCGUGUACGGUUACGAUGACGCCCCUCACGGACACGCGCACAUCACCUUCGAGAACGUGCGCGUCCCCGUCUCCCAGAUCGUCCUCGGCCCCGGCCGCGGCUUCGAGAUCAUCCAAGGCCGUCUCGGCCCAGGACGUAUCCACCACGCCAUGCGCAGCAUUGGUGCCGCCGAGAACGCGCUCGACUGGAUGUUGAUGCGCAUCAACGACCCCAAGAAGACGCCGUUCGGUAAGCAGCUCAAGGAGCACGGUGUGAUCAUUGAGUGGGUCGCUCGCAGCCGUAUCGAAAUCGAUGCUGCUCGCCUCGUCGUCCUCAACGCUGCCAUCCAGAUCGAUGCCGGCGGUGCCAAGUCUGCGCUGCGCGAGAUUGCCGAGGCUAAGGUCCUUGUGCCCAACAUGACUCUUGCGGUCAUCGACCGUGCCAUCCAGUCGUUCGGUGCUGCUGGUGUGUGCCAGGAUACCCCGCUUGCGAACUCGUGGGCUGGUAUCCGCACGCUGAAGUUGGCUGAUGGACCUGAUGAGGUCCAUCUCGCCCAGCUCGGCAAGAACGAGAACAAGAGGAAUGUGGAGGUUACUGCGUUGAUCACGAGGCAGAGGGAGACGUCGGCGAAGCUUUUCGAGAAGUACGGCGUCAAGCACGUCCAGCCCGGCCCGACUAAGUCGAGGAUGUAAAGUUGUAAAAAGAUUAGGUGGAAACAUGUAGUGUUGUAGUCUGUCUAGAUACAAUAUAUUUACAAAUGAAUUAUUUAUAUCAGUU